AUGUACGCUUUUGUUCCCUCUAAGAUCUUUCCCGUGCGAUUGAGCGAGGCGGAUUUUCUCGCCAUUCAGAAUUUAUACGGUUUAAGAAAUAAGAGCGAAAUUGCGGGACCAGUUAUGACGACCGUAGCGACGACCACGAUUGCGACGCGCGACACAGGGAAUUCCGCGGAUCUGUGCGCGUUACGACGCGUCGAUGCGGUGUUGGUGUUAGAAAAUAGAAUGUAUGUGGCGUAUCGAUACUACUUAUGGUCGGUCGACCUAAACGGAAAAUCUUACGGCAGGUCGUUGUUACUGACGGACUAUUUGCGUUUUCUUCCCGAUAAUUUUACGCGUUUGGCGGGUGCGUAUCGACGAUUCUCGGGUCAACUCGUAUUGUUUGUUGAUGAUAUGAUUUACAUGAUAGAAUAUCCGAGUUUUGAGCUAGUACCGGGUUGGCCGAGGAAAUUGAGAGAUAUGAAUCUUCCUCCUAAUGCGAAAAUCAACGCUGUGAUUAAUACCAACGCGGGACGAACGUUCGCGAUUUACGACGAGAUCGUGGCUGAGAUCGACGAUUGCUCGAUGAUAGCCGUCAGACAUAAUUCGUUGCACGCAAUAUUUCCGGGGAUUCCACCCGCUGUAACGUCCGUCGUUCGAUACAUCGACGGUAAUCUGUAUUUUUUCGUUAAACGACAGUUCUUCAAAUAUAAUGAAUUUACUAGAAAUGUAACUAUAGCCGGUAAAUUUGAUUCAGAGAUUUUUGGUAUCGUGUGUCCAAAGGACGAAUCGUUAGAACAAUUGCGCGUUCUUUUGAAAAAACUCGCUCAGAUGAGGAACGUAUUUUCGAGCGAGGACGAUUUAGAAGAGGAGAGGGAGGAAGAAGAGGCACGGAAGUUUUCGCAUAGUGUAUAG